AUGUCUGCUUACGAAGAGGAGCACAACAUUAGCAACGAGGAUAAUUCCAGAAGAGAGCUCCGCGCUCAGAUACACGAGUUGUACCAGGAAAAUGGCCAGUCCAACACCCUGCUCCAAUUAUUAUCCCAGUUAAUCCCAGAGUCCAUGCAAGAAGAGUGGCUCCAGGGAAAAGAAGAAGGGUGCCCAGAGUAUUUCAUAGAUUCGUUACCGCGGGUGGCAAAGAAUAAAUUAAAGACUGGAGACUCAUGUAGUAUAUGUUGCUGCGAUUAUAUGGAUGACCAGUAUCCGCUAGUCGUGGAACUACCCCAUUGCAAUCACCGGUUCGACUUGGAGUGCGUCGCCGUGUGGCUAUCGAAAAGUAAGACAUGUCCCCUUUGUAGAGAUGACGUUCUGUCGCACAAGCCAAGUGUGGAUGUAAGCAAAGCCGAGAUAGAAGAAGACUGGGGUAUGUACGGCUAG